AUAGGAAGUAUCUCUGCCUCCACACGUAUUCCUGUCCUCCCUUUAUUCUCUUCUCUCUCGACCACUUUUAGUUUAGGAAGGCUGAACUGGUUUUCCGAGAAGAUGACGAGAUGCGAUGCGAGGUAGGCAAACGGAGCUACCAAAUGAUACGCUCGCCAAGUGCAGCUUUACGCUAGCCGAUCUGCUGCCGUUGGCUGAUACCAAUUAAUCUGGCCUGCAAUGGAUCACCUCAUCAGGAAGCGGCAGUGCCCCCUCCUCCUCCUUCUCCUCUUUGUUUUCCUUUCGGCUAUUCUCAAGGGUGUUCCUGCAGUGUAUGCUGGUGCAUAUGGCCAAGGCAUAGGAGCUGACCAAUUGAACAUGUUGAUGGCUACCGUCAAAAAAGGCGGUGGUGGUCAUGGCGGCCAUGGUGGACAUGGCCGCGGACAUGGCAAUGGAGGCAGCGAACGCGGACGCGGCAUGCCUGAGACGCCACCCGUGUUUAACCCUCGGACAGUCGCCGGCAAUGGCAACCAGCACCAUGGGCGUAGCGCCGCAGCUACAGACCUUAGCCGGUCGUCCACCUGCGUUCUUCUUGCGGUGGCGGUGGCAUUUACAUUGCUUCAUCUUUAAUACUCCAUAUAAUCUACGCAUUUGUUAUGGAGUAUCAUUGGUUAUAUGUAGUACUACUUUUGGUGGUCGAUGGCUUUGAGAAGACUGAUCUGAUUUGUUGUACACGGUAUGGAUGCGAAUUGCAUAGUCAAAGAUUGUAGUUCUUCGGUCAGGUGUUCGUUCGUGCAGUUCAUGAUGAUCUUUCUACAUCUCUUUGCAAAUAUAAUGCCUCUUAGUUUGCUGAUC